AUGGAAGCUGCACAUUUUUUCAAAGGGACUGAGAAGCUGCUGGAGGUGUGGUUCUCCAGGCACCAACCUGACACAAACCAAGGAUCUGGGGAUCUCCGCACCAUCCCUCGGUACUUGUAUACUUUGGAUUUCCCAGAGAGUCGGGUGAUCAGUCAGCCAGCUCGAACCCUGAAAAUCCUGAUGAGCGAGCUUGACCCAGCAGCUCUGGACCAGUUCUACGUGAAAGAUGGCAUUACUGCAAAGGAUGUCACUCGUGAGAGUGGAAUUUGUGAUGGGAUACCAGGUUCUGUCACUGAUGCCACAAUGUCCAAUCCUUGUGGGUAUUCAAUGAAUGGAAUGAAAUCAGAUGAAACUUAUUGGACUAUUUGCAUCACUACAGAACCAGAAUUUUCUUAUGUUAGCUUUGAAACAAACUUACGUCAGACCUCCUACGAUGACCUGAUCAGGAAAGCUGUGGAAGUCUUCAAGCCAGGAAAAUUUGUGACCACCCUGUUUGUAAGUCAGAGUUCUAAAUGUCCCAUGGUGCUUUCUUCACCCCAGAAGAUUGAAGGUUUUAAACGUCUUGACUGCCAGAGUGCUAUAUUCAAUAAUUACUAUUUUGUUUUUACCAGUUUUGCUAAGAAGCAGCAACAACAGCAGAGUUGA